GCUCAAGUGGUCUGCUGUCGACGGCCAACGUUUCUGCAGGCGUGCUGGCGUCUGAAAGGGGCGGCGGCUGCGCAUUCCCACGAGCCUGCUCUCCGACUCGUAGUUCUGUGUCCUCUCCCAUCCCUUCCCAUCUCAACAGUCGCACCUCCACUCCUCGUAUAGCGCAAGGCAAUUAGGACCAACCAAAUACUCUAGUUUGCAGUGAAGUGCAAAGACAGUUUGAAGCAUUCUUUUGUGGCUUGCUUUCGUGUGGAAAAAAAAAAUAAAAACAUACAUAUAUUGUUUUUGGGCCGUAUUUGUGGGGAAAAGUGAGAGUGAAUUUUGGUGCUGUGAAUCGUCGUAAGUGUACGGAAAAUUCGUUUUGUGUAACACGUGCGGAAUUUCGGGCGACCACGAAAUGGACAACGUAGGACCGUAAGUCAUGAAGCCCCAUCUUAUGGAAUUGAUAGCUUUCUGGACCUUGGUGGCUGCGGCGUUUCCUGGCAGCAUCAUCGGCGAUGCGGUUCUCAUGCAGCCAUCUCCAACAGAAGUUCCUGAGAGCGAUGUUAAAAGAGACGUUUCCAGGAUCGCAGGACAGGACAACAAAAUAAUUACUGAGCCUGUAGCAUUGGUGACGAAUCUGCAAGUGCAUCCCAUGGUGCAUGACAGGAAAGCGCGUACACUGCAGCUCAACAUCAGCUGGACUGUGCCCAAAGAGGGCCGCUUACCUAAAGGCUACUUCCUGAAAGUGAAGUCCAUCAAUGACUCCCAUGAGUACUGUGAAAUAAUGGACUUCAUGGAGGACAUAAACAACACGAUGACAUCGUGGGCGGUAGUCCCGCCAGAGGUGACCAACGUGAAGAACGACCCGCGCGUGAUGCAGGAGUGCUGCUACAACAUCCGCGUGGAGUCCCAGCCAUAUGACGGCCGGCGCGCCGCCGAAGUCAACUACACCAUCCCCGAGCGGGUGGGCGAGCUCUGGUCGUGCAGGCGCAAUGCGCAGCUGCCCGUGCCGCGUGACGUCCAAGUGUCCGUCAUCGACUCCAGCACAGCCCACGUCUCCUGGACCCUGGACGCCUCCGCGGCGCGGAUCGCGCGCAACAUCUCCCUCACGCUGGGGCGGCAGGUGGUGAGUUCGCUGCUCGACUGGUUCGAGUACGAGUCCGAGGUGCUGCUGGCCGUGGCCAACUGGAGCGGCGGCGGCGGCGGCGGCGGCGGCGCGCUGCGGAUGGAGCAUCUGCUGAAGGGCAACCUGCGCCGACCCGCCCAGUACCUGGUGCAAGUGCGCGUGGUCGACAGGCGCGAGUGCCGAGGGCCGCCCGCUGAGAAGCGCUUCUCCACGUUCGAUCCAAACGCCAGGUCAAAAGUGGAGCUGGUGCUGGUGGUUGUGCUGCCCACGGUGUCGUUCGUGGUGGCGGCGGCGCUGGCGGCGGCCAUGAUGUACCAGCGCUGCGGCUGCGCGGGCUGGCUGCGCCGCAAGCUGGGCGAGGGCCGGCUGCGGCCCGUCUACAGCUGCCGCGGCGUCUACAAGGCCGUCAGCAUCGACAGUAGCAGCAGCCGCAUCACGCGGGUGUCCUUCCCGGCCUUACAGGAGCGCAGCAUACUCUACGUCGAGAAGGAGAUAGAGGAGGCGAAGGCUCGCGGCGAGGUGGACACGUUCGAGGUGAGCUACGAGCGGCUGCAGCUGGGCCGGCAGAUCGGCAAGGGCGACUUCGGGCGCGUCUUCCUGGCGCGAGCCGAGGCCGUGGGCGGCGUGCCCGGCUGGCGCACCGUCGCCGUCAAGAAGCUGAAGCAUGAGGUAAGUAGCGAUGAGGUGGAGGAGUUCCAGGCGGAGAUCGCGAUGCUGAAGCACGCGGGCCGGCACCCGAACGUGGUGGAGAUGGUGGGCUGCUGCACGCUGCGGCCGCCGCUCUGCAUCCUGAUGGAGUUCGUGCCGUGCGGCGACCUGCUGCACUACCUGCGCCGCCUGCGCGUCGAGUACGAGCGCCGCACGGGCGCGCCGCUGCCCUUCUCCAGCACCCGCGCCAGGCCCCCGCGCUACAUCGACCUGUUGCUACCACUACUGGACUCGGAGAGCUCCUACGUGCAGCCCGACCCGCGGCUCAGCUUCUCGUCGAGCGGGCGGCCGUCCAUCGCAGAGACCGAGUGGAGCCUGGUGAGCAGCGAGGGCGGCGCGCCGUCCACCCCCACGGAGCGGAGUCCCUGUCCGGGGCGCCUGGGCCACGGGCUCGACUACGUGCUGGACCCGGCGGAGCUGCAGAGCUUCGCCGUGCAGAUCGCGCGCGGCAUGGCCCACCUCGAGCAGCGGCACAUCACGCACAGGGACCUGGCGGCGCGCAACAUCCUCAUCGACGAGCACAAGACGCUCAAGAUCUCCGACUUCGGGCUGUCGCGGUCGGGCAUCUACGUGAACACGCGCGGCAAGAAGGUGCCGCUGCGCUGGCUCAGCGUCGAGGCCAUCCGCGACAACCUCUACUCCAGCAAGAGCGACGUGUGGGCCUACGCCAUCGUCCUCUGGGAGAUAGGCACUCUCGGAGGAUUCCCGUACCCGACGGUGAGCGACCACGACCUGCUCAGGUUCCUGCUGGAAGGUCGCAGGCUGGAGAAGCCGGACAACUGCACCGAUGAACUGUACUCGCUGAUGAUGAUGUGCUGGUCGCACAACGCGGACGACCGGCCGUCGUUCGCGACCAUCUCGAAGCACCUGGAGGGCGCCCUGGGCCGCAGACCUGUCUACGUCGACUUCUCCAACCUGAGCCCAGACUACACGUUCCCUCCCACCGAACAGCAGCAGCAACAGCACCAGCAGCAGCAGCAGCGGCGGCCGUCUUUCAGGAUGUGAUAUCAGCAGACGGCUCAGCCAGAGUACGCCUUCCUCCCCCCAACAGGGCAGCUGCAGCAGCGGCAGCCGUCCAAGAGACCGAAGGCGCCAGGCAGAUCGACCAGGCGCCACCGAGUCCAGCACCGAACAGCUGCUGCAGCGGCGGCUGCAACCUCAACCGCGGUCAACAUCGCGACGUCACGCGGAGUUGAGCCAGUCAUUGUACACUCUUCCACUGAAAACUAGCAGCGUCAGAAACAACACGCGUCGGCGUCACCUUCCAGUAAAUGAUGUCAUCAUGGAGUGCCACCUGGUAACACUUUUCCUCACACCAUCCAGAGACCACGGCUAUCCUUUAGAAAACGCGCAGCUUGGACUACAUAUUAACUUCAAUAGCAGCAGCGGCAUCAGCGGUCUGUACAAUGUGAUACAACUCGAAAACUGAAGCGCCUGGUAUCAUUCUGCAUGUAUGAUGCCCAAAACUAGUUCAUUCCUACUACAAAUCAGUGGUACAAUAGGAAAUAUCACUUUACGGCUUCCAUGUACAGCAUUCGCCUGUGUUCCCGGUUACACUGUACAUUUCUCCCGAUAAAGCGUUGCCGUAAGCAGCACCUUCGUUACCAGCCUUUGCCUGAAUUCGGUGUGGUUCUCCUUUCACUUCCUCAGCCAAGUACAGGACAACUCAGAAGUCGUUGUGAGGAAGGUAGGCCACCAGGACAACUCAGAAGUCGUUGUGAGGAAGUUAGGCCACCAAUGGUGCAACUCAGAGUCUACAGAGCCGGAAAAAAUAAAACUGACCCUCAAGACAAUUCAUGCACGUUGAGGUAGGCAACUCAAAUUACAUAGUCCGCUGCGGAUGACAUACAUGGUUUGCCUGACAUAAGGUUCAUGAAACAUUUUCUGAGCCAGUUUUAUUUUGGACACCUUGAAAAACACCAAUAAAGGACUGACAGUAGUGUUCAUCCUAAAAAAUCACUGUCAGGAAGACAACGUUCUGAUCAGUGCCCAGAAGGCUUCUGGCUGGCAUCAUAAUCAGUUGUUGGCAAUCAGAUGAAAGAGUGAUUUACAACAUAAUGUCCCUGAGCACAACGUGACUCCAAGAACUAUCAUAAACCCGCUGACAAAUUCUGCAGUAGGGUCAGAAGAAUGCCAGUGAUACGUCGUCAGCAGUGUCGGAUCUAAAAAGUUUUUCACGCUGCUACUGCUCAUAAGGACAGUGCAUUGGUAUGGUUCCCUGACUCCCCAAAAUAUAUCGGCAAACAUCGUGAACAGCUUUUUAGUCGACAGACGAAACUGAAAUUUCUACCAUAGGGGCGUUGAGUACACCGCAACUCCGUGUACAAGGCACGACAAAAAAUAACACUGAGGCGACCAAAGCUGCACCAUCACGGCAGUUACCACGUGUAUAUUCACUUCUCCAUCGAAAAAACAGAGUCACUGAAACAAGCACAGGCAGAUAUAACCACCUGCCGCAAGCGGCGGAACAGAGUGGUAAAAGCAGGCGCUAACCACAUAUUCACUGACCAAGUCAGCUCAACUGAGGCCACAUUGGCGCCAGUUUAUAUGUAUGGUCAUCGACACGUCUUGUCACAUAUGCUUUGUUCAUUUAUUACCAUUUCAGAAACUAAACUGGGUGUUCACUGAUUGUCUUGCUGUCAUUAUUGCUUGAAAUAUUCAAAGAAAAGCUUUUGAAAGCUACGUUUUUGGACAAUGUGAUUAACGAUAUUAUUCUGGGGUUAUACAUCCAGCUGUUCAGAAUUUUGAUUCAGACGUAUCUAAAUCAAGUUAUAAUAUUAAUGUCAUCAUAUAGAACUAUUUGUGUGAGGCAGUCUAAAGAACAUUAGACUUUAUUGUUUAAAUUGAUGUUUGAUAAUUCUGUUAUGGAUUAUUAAAAUUCAGUGCGCCGAAGAAUAUAAAAUUCUCACAUUAUGUGGCACUUAAAUUAGGAUUUCACUGGAAUGAUUUGUAUAUAUUCCAGUUACUUUCACAAAAAUUACGCCUUUGUGAAACGAAGAGCUUAAGCAUUCAAGCUGAUGUGUAUAUAGCAGAUUAAUAACACAUGUUUAUGACAUGAGUGUAUAGCAAGUGAAAAUAAAAGAAAUGCAAAACAUAAGAAAGAUAAAACAAAGUGGGAGAUGUAAAUAAUUACACGAAAUGUUUGUGUAUGUCUCUGUGCGUAUAUAUGUGUAUAUCUGAAGCUCGAGAAACAAAUGUUACAUUUUCUUGCUCAUUGCAGUUGAAUGUAAAAGUAUGUUGAACUCAGUUGUGCUGUCAUAUAGUUUGUGUGCAUGUAUGACUUCGUUUAAGUGGACUAAGUUAAUUCGUUGUAAUAUACAGUGCAGAUAUAUUGUGUGUUUCUGAGUACUCAUAAAUGCUUUCAGAAGUCCUGCGACAUUUGUUCCUUGGCGUUACAGAAAUGGAGCUUCUCAAAUCGGACAAGCUGUGAUUUCAUUACUUACAGAAUGAAAUUCAUCUUCUUUUUAAACCUGAAACAUCUUAUUUCCAGUUUGUUGAAUUUAAAUCUUAAGAGACCCAAUGUUAUGAGCUUAGAAAUGUAAAAGCAAGGAAGGCCUGUAAAUCAAAUACAAAUUAUGUAUGAGAAAUAUGGUAUAACCGAAGUUGCUCCUAGAGGGUCCAUGGGUUGUAAUGUUAUGAAAACACGGGACAGUUUAAUAUUUAUCACAUAUUCUAAGUUGAUCAGAUACUUUUUCUUAACAACGACACUUCUUCCUCUUCACGUUGAAAAACUUCACAAAGUCCAGCAAUCGAUGGCGUGGUAAUUCAAAGCUACUACUCAAUGAAAAACAGCUCUCUACUUAUUUUGUAGUGCUUAAUUUUUUUAUGUUGACUCGAGAGUGCAAAUUCAGUGUACAUUCACUUUGAAAAAUGCUUAGGAAUAUGCACUCGUUUCCCUAUAUGGAAACAACAUUGUAAAACUAUUUGUAAACACAGCAAGAGAUACCAUUCUAAAGAACUAUCACUCAAGAAAUUCCACUAAUUAUGUCGGCGAGUGUCUUGUAUAAUUGCGUAACUAUUCUCAUUAUGUGUAAGAGGAAUACAUUUUAAUAAAAUCUGAGUGAUAAAUAGUUUAUUUGUCAAAUUUUAUCUUUGUUCUAAAUUUAGGAAAGACAGCACUUCUAUACACUGACCUCGUUAUAUAAGCAAAAAUUUUCAUCAACAAGUGUCAUCAUUCUAAAACUUCCUGACGGAUGAAAACUAUCUGCCGGACCGAGACUCGAACUCGAGUCACACAGUCCGGCACACAGUUUUAAUCCGCCAGCAAGUUUCAUAUCAGCGCACAUUCUGCUGCAGAGUGUCAUCAUUCUUAUUUAUUCAUUUACCUGUUAUAUUUCCUUUCCCCCACCAGAAAGUAUGUAUAUAUAAAUGGCUGAAAAUAUUCAUCGGAAGAAAAUCAUUGUCUAUACAUGACUCAGCCUUAGUAGUUCUGUGUCAGUCAAAUCUUCACCACAUUGCACACCCUAAAAUUUGCCAAUUGGGACAAGUUGUCUAUUACUUGUGACAGAAAAAAAUGGAGAGACCAUUCUCAAGUGUACAAAAGUCUGUGUAUGAACUAUCUGUUAUUACAUGACUUGUAUAUUGACUUUGGUGACAUAUGGACCAUCAUUUCUGUAUGUUUUUAUCUAUUAAAAGACAA